AGCAGAACCUACUCAGGCUGAGGAGUCACAGGCAAUGAAUUCCAAACAUCAGUAUGUGGAGCUCAAUGAUGGUCACUUCAUUCCUAGGCUGGGCUUUGGCACCUAUAAACCUGAAGAGGUUCCUAAGAGUAAGACCACAGAGGCCACCAAAAUAGCUAUAGAAGCUGGKUUCCGCCAUAUUGAUUGUGCUUAUGCAUACGAAGUAGAAGAGGAGGUAGGACUGGCCAUUAGAAGCAAGAUUGCAGAUAACACUGUGAAGAGAGAAGACAUAUUCUAUACUUCAAAG